AUGUACAGGCAGUUCCUCGUCCGAGAAGACGACAGACGAUAUCAACGGGUCCUCUGGCGCGAUGCAUCGGGCGAAAUUAAAAUGUUCGAAUUGCAGACGGUGACGUUCGGACUAUCGGCCGCCCCGUACCUGGCGAUUCGCUGUCUAACUCAAUUGGCCCUGGACGAAGGCCAUCGGUAUCCUGAAGCGGCAAAAAUCUUACAGCGAGACUUCUACGUAGACGAUGCGCUGACCGCAGCAUCAACGAUCAGAGAAGCUCGCGCCAUCCGAGAGGAGCUAACCCAGCUGCUAACAUUAGCGGGCGUAAAUAUACGGCAAUGGGCAGCCAAUCAGAAGACAAUUCUCGAGGGUCUACCGGAGCAAGACGUUAACAAGAAAUUACAUCUUGGAGAAUCAUCCACGCUAAAGACUCUGGGAAUUGUUUGGAAUUCCAAAAACGAUUCCAUUACGUACGAAGUGCAGAUACGACCUGCCCCAUCACGCGUAACCAAGCGCAUCAUUACGUCGGAAAUUGCGAGAAUUUACGAUCCCCUUGGCCUCCUAGGACCCGUCAUCAGCGCCGCCAAGAUGCUGCUCCAAAAAAUCUGGACCAUCAAGGUGGACUGGGAUGAGUCUCUGCCCAUGGACAUCCACUCGGAAUGGAUCCAGUAUUACAAGCAACUAUCGAUGCUAAAUAACGUCGUGUUUCCCAGGAACACCAUCCCCCAUGCGUCGACGAUAACGGAGUUGCACGGGUUCUGCGAUGCCAGCGAGAAGGCUUACGGAGCGUGCGUGUACGUUCGCUCAACCGACAAACGCGGGCAAACACACGUGCAACUCUUGUUUGCAAAAUCAAAGGUCGCACCACUCAAGACGCAGUCGAUUCCGAGACUCGAACUUUGUGGGGCUUUGCUACUCACGAACCUAAUAGCUACGGCCAAGAAAGCAUUGCACGUGGAGAUCGACCGUGUAGUUCUCUGGACGGACUCUACCAUAGUGCUGCACUGGCUACAAACGUCUCCACACACGCUAAAAAC